UCACUCGCUCAACCUUUCCGCGCAGCGCGAACGUCUUCCGAUCCGACAGUAUCGCGACAAGAUCCUCUACUGUCUCGAGAACUACCAAACGCUGGUACUGGUCGGCGAAACGGGGUCCGGCAAGAGCACACAAGUACCGCAGACUGUGGUCAUAGUGGUGUAGAAGUCCUAUCCUUCGAACAAAAAAAAAAAACAGAACACAAAACCCGAUUGAAAUUACCGCGCACAUUCGCCAUUCGCACGGCGGAGUAACGUGUAAAAUCGCAAACAUUAGUUCUCUGGAACCCACAUUCCGAAGCCAUGGUUGGUCCUAGCUCGCAGAUCAGCAAGUUCCUGCUGACGCUGCUGUUCUUACUGAUCAUCUUCUUCAUAUGGAUGGAUGUGAAUCUGUACAUUCGCAUCCAGGACUAUCCGAUUCGGGACAAUGAAAUUCGUUUGCUGAACGGAAGCACCAUGCUGAAGCCUACUCUUCCAGCGACGCAGUCUUACGCAACAUCAGCAGUUCCACGCAGGCAGCAGGAGUUGUUUGCGGCGAGGUAUGAGGAUGUGGCCUGGGUGUCGUGUGAUUUGAACCCACUGUGUGAUGUGACCGUCAAAGCGAUGAUGUUGGAUCAGACCAAUCACUAUCUGUUUGCGCCGAUGGCAACCAUUGCGGACAAUCUGGCAGGAUUUUCGAAAGGAGAUCUGAUCACCCCGAACAUGAUCUCAUUCUUCCAUGUGUUCGUGGCCAUUGCUUCGGGUAAAAUGAUUGCCUCCGACUCGCUGGGAUAUCGCAGGAUUGGAGUGGUGUUGUUCCAGUUUCGCACGUUCUUGGACGAUUUGGAUGGCCAUGUGGCAAGAGCCAAGAAACACAUCCGAGGGGAACGAUCGGACAUUGGCUCCGCUGGCUAUUAUAUCGAUGGUAUCUGCGAUGGAUUAGGAUGCAUUGCACUGAUGAUCGGAGUGUUCAUCUUCCUGAAAAAUAAUCCACCACGGCGAGGGUACACUCAGCUGCAGUCGAUUAUUCCUGUUUCGGAAUCGAAAAGUUCCGAAUCCGGAGUAAUCUAUAAGGUGAAGGUGACGACGAAGAAAGUUGUUCGUAAGGUUCUCUGUUACAGUGGAAUACUGCUGCUGAGUUCCACCGGUUGGAACCGAUAUAUCGCCAUCUACCAGGACUUGCUCGAGCGGGAGGAUGUCACGCCUGUUCAGUUCCUCCAUCAGGAAUCGGUGUUCCGGUCGACAGGGUUCUUUUUCGUGUGCUGGUUGUGGCGAAUGUUCAAUGUGCACGCGUUGCUCCACUUUUUGCUGCUGAGCAUCUUCUGUGAUAAACUGUGGGAGUACCUGCGGAUGAUCCAAUACGCCGGCUUCGUCACGCUGUUGGUGAUCAUCAGUGUGGCUGAGAUGCAUUUGCUCGGGGUGCAAAACUUUAUCUACAAAUCACUGACUGGUAACAAUACAUCGUUGUGAUUAAAUUAAGAAACAUAUUCAACUAACACACACACACCCCACGUCCUACUAGUAGUUAUUCGUUAGCUAUUUUUACACACUAAUUAUAUACAUGUAGAAAAAGACCGAACGUGAGCCUUAGAAGUUAACGAGAUGGUGAGUGAAGAGAAGCCCAGAGAGAAAUCUGAUUUAUCCUUUAACAAAAGAAAAAAAACAAAGAAUCACACACGUCUGUAUUCAUUAGUUCCCAUUACAUCUGUAUGUACAGUCCACACGAGUCUAAGCGUUAAUUGUUGAUCUUUUUUUUACUGAAAGAUAAAAUACACAGAAGCGGAAAUAUAUUUAAAAUCAACCGAGAAAACAAAUCUCAGAAUAGAAUAAUACGAACAAUAAAAAGAUGAAGCUAUAUAUCUAGUGUUGGAAAUAAGGCCCCUUUUUUCUAUUUGUAGUUUUAAGCCAGAGAUAAAAUUGUGGAAUAGCUCUAUAUUUAAGAACUCAAUUUUACUCUAGUGGAAAAACGGUCAAUAAAAGAGGGAUGCUAUCGUUUGGAAGGGAGAUAAAUAGGUUAGUAUAACUAGCACAGCUGAGUUGCUUUUUAGUGAAGUGAACUGGAUUUUGGCCUAAUUGAAGAGAUUUAUAAUCGGAAUGAACCGAGUUUAGAGAUUUUGACAGGAGCAAAUUGUCGGGAUGAGCAACAGAAAAGUAUCAUAAGCUGCAAAUAAAUGUGUAUAUGUGAAGUUUGAA